UAAUAAUUGUGCCAUAUUUUUUGGGGGACGGAUAGAGUAGCUUCUUUUGUGCUAGAUUAAUCCCUCCCCGUCAAGGUAUCACACUAACCUGGUCUUCUGAUCCCUCGCCGUCGCCGUCUGCUUGAAAUCGGUGGCAAGGUUCGAUUAAUACUGCAGCCUGCAGCCUCCGCCGGAUUUCAAAGCCACCAUCACAAUCGCCGGAUUCGCCCUCGCCUCGUCUGCCACCGUCGACGAAGCCCUACUCCGCCCCUCUCCGGUCAGUUCCGGUAGAAUGUUGUUUGGUUCGUUGAUAGCUCCAUAGUCGCCGCUGCCUUCACCUCCAUCUUCGCUGCUCUUCUUCCAUGAAGAGAGAGAGAGAGAAGGGUGCAAUUUGAAAGAGUUUUCUGGAUUUAGCGGGACAAUAAAACAUUGAGGUUUAGCAGAGUGCGAAGGCAAUUGAAAACCUAAACUGAACAAGGCUCAAAAGUUUUUGAGAACGAUGGAGGCAGAGAAGGCUUUAGAAUUAGUGAAGAAAGGCGCCACUCUUCUUGCGCUCGACGUUCCUCCGUACACUCUAUUUGGUAUUGAUACCCAGAUUUUUUCGGCAGGUCCUAACUUUAAGGGUAUCAAGAUGAUUCCUCCCGGUAUUCACUAUAUAUACUAUAGCUCUUCUAACAGGGAAGGCAGUGAGUUUUCUCCAAUAAUUGGUUUCUUCAUCGAUGCAAGCUCAUCACAGGUGAUUGUUCGGAGAUGGGAUCAAAAGGAAGAGCGGUUAGUCAAAGUUUUAGAGGAAGAGGAAGACCGAUACUCUGAUGCUGUUAAAAGAUUGGAAUUUGAUAAUCAGCUUGGACCAUACUCAUUAAGCCAGUAUGGGGAUUGGAAACAUUUGUCCAACUUCAUUACCAAGGAUACUGUUGACCGUCUUGAACCUAUUGGAGGGGAUAUCACAAUUGCGUGCGAAUCUGAAAUGUUUUCUGGAACAUCCAUGGAGAAAUCUUUAGCUGAGCAGCUAAAGAACAAGUUUUCAGCUCGUAAAGAAAAGUCACAAACGCAAGGUUGCUAUUACACUACAAUUCCUCGAGUUGUAAAGCAGAAGGGAGUCUAUGGGGAGGAUAUCACUAGUUUGAAUCUUGACAAGACACAUCUUCUGGAAACCAUAUUGAUGAAAGAAUAUGGGGGUGAUGAAGACGCACUUCUAGCAGAAUUGCAGUUUGCAUUCAUUGCAUUUCUGAUGGGUCAAUCUCUUCAAGCAUUUCUGCAGUGGAAGCUUUUAGUGAGUCUCUUACUUGGUUGUACAGAAUCUCCUCUUCGCUCCAGGAGUUUGCUAUUUACCAAGUUUAUCAAGGUCAUAUAUUAUCAAUUGAAAUUUGGGUUACAAAAGGAACAAAAAGAUACUGGUGAUGUGCCUCAAGGAGUGUCAGCAUUGUUGGAAGAGUCUUGGUUAUCUUCUGAUAGCUUUUUGCACCGUUUAUGCAAGGAUUUCUUUUUGGUAGUGCUCGAAGCUCCUGUGGUUGAUGGGGACCUUCUCACUUGGACAAGAAGGCUGAGGACACUGCUUGAAGACUCUAUAGGAUGGAAUUUUGAGGAGAAUAGUGCAGCUGAUGGAGUAUACUUCGACGAAGAAGAUGAGUAUGCUCCAGUGGUAGUGAAUAUGGAUGAUGUUACCUGAAGGAGUACUUCAAUGAAGGAAUGUAGCUUGCUUGUUCUUGAUGAAAUCCCAGGUUAUGUGGACAAGGCAUAAAUUGUUGUGGUGUAUGUACAGUUAGAUAGCUUUCAUAUUGUUAGACAUUUGGCUUUUGUUUUUGAGUUUUGGGACAGAAGCACAAAUUUGUUUACCUUUCAGCAAACCUACAUCCUCGUGUAUUAUUUUGGCAUUGUUUCAUUAAAAUUCUAGGAGGUGGAUCGUUUCAUCAAA